AUGGUCUCAAAAGUUCAUGAACUUAACGGUACAAAUUGUCCCGAGAAAUUCAUGGUCUCAAACCGGACAAAUUGUCUCAAAAAGUUCAUGUCCCAAAAAGUUCAUGAACUUUACGGGACAAAUUGUCUCAAAAAGUUCAUGUCCAAAAAAGUUCAUGAACUCGUGGUUCAUGUCCCGAGAAGUUCAUGGUCUCAAAAGUUCAUGGAAGAUCUUCCCCCGAUCUGUCUCAUUGAGAGUCAUCCUGCUCUUAGUGAGUACUUGCUGAAUGUCUUCGGUACCAAUAGGAAGAUAUCACUGCCGAGACUAUCCAAAAGACAAAUAAUGAAGCUUGAAGUUGAAGCAAGUGUUUAUCUUGCAUAUGACACAGAUCUUACUGAUCACAAUGAGAUCUGUGACUCAAAGCGAGAAACACUCAUUGCAUUCCUUCACAAGCACCCUUGGGUUGAUAUUAACUGCAAGAUACCUUACAAAGAUCUUGUUGAAACAUUUCGGGUCUACAGACAAUUACUAUCAGACUCAAGUUAUAACCUCUAUGUUAAUACAGAUGGUUCCCUUAGUGCAACAGACCUUCAAAUCCAGAGAGAAGCUCAAGAGUAA